AUGGCGGGCAAAGCGACAUCCUCGAAUCCGCUCGUCGUCACCGGCAAAGCGCCCGACACCUCGCUGAACGUCCAACUCCACCCGCUCGUCCUCCUCACCAUCUCCGACUACAUCACACGCCAUACCCUCCGAUCGCAGCCCGGACCCAUCAUUGGCGCCGUCAUUGGCGAACAGAGCGGACGUAACUUCACGCUCGAACAUGCGUACCAGUGUAAGCUGGCGGAGAAGCCAACCGGCGACGCCAUCCUCGAUGGACAAUGGUUCGAGGAGCGGUUGGAGAUGUACAAGGAGGUUCACAAGGUGCCUGCGUUAGACUUGGUGGCGGUAUUUGCGCUUGGUCCGAUUGAAGGUCCACAAGAGGCACAUCUGCCAGUGCUGCGGCAGGUGCGCGAGCUGACGGGUUCGGACAACAUCAUGCUGCUGCUGUUCCAUCCGGAGCUGGUCGACAGCCUGCAAGGAGGAAAGCUGCCCAUCAGCCUGUACGAGUCUGUUGAAGAGCUGGAGAACGACCAAGUUCAGGUUCGGUUUAGGGAACUGGCCUUCGAGGUCGAGACCGGCGAUGCAGAGCGGAUAGGCGUCAACUUCGUCGCAACUGGAGGUGGCAAUGCGACUGCGGUGGCCAAGCCGGACAACGCGAGCUCGAUAGCUGUUGCAUCUGCAUCGAGUUCGAAAGACAAGAAGGGCAAGGGCAAAGCCAAGGCCAAGGAGGGCGAAGAGGGGGAGACCAACGGCGCUGCACCCAUCAACUUCUUGUCGCCAGAAGACGACGAGCUCAUCUCGACCCUCAACUCCAAGGUCAACGCCAUCAAGAUGCUCGGCGAGCGUCUCGACCUUAUCCGGUCAUACCUCGAAACACUCCCCCAGAGCUAUCUCACCGACGCAACCUCAACCGCCGCGCCCGCAGAAACCACCAACUUCCAACUCCUCCGCAGCGUCCAAUCCAUGCUCUCCCGCCUCCCACUCCUCGCCCCACCAGACUCAGCACCAGAGAACACGGACCCAGGUGCCGAACCACCCGCCAACCUCGAGCUCGCCGCCGAAAAGGAGCGACAAGACGUCCACCUCACAUCCCUCCUCGCAAGCCUCACCCGCUCCGUCGCAGAAGCACAGACCCUCGGCUCGAAAUUCACCAUUCUGCAGCGCGAGCGACAGACCAAGGAGAGAUCUCAGUUCGGCCGUGGUCCACCCAUGAGAGGCGGCUUCAACGACGACCUACUUGCGGAUAACGGCGCGCUGUAG